AUGGAAUGCAUGAAAGACUCCUUUGUCAAAGGACAACUCCUUGACGGCCGUUUUCGAACAGUAGCGCCCCUCAACCAUGGCUCCUUCGGCAUGGUCUUCCUGGGUGAGGAUCUGAAGACUGGGAGAGAAGUUGCCAUCAAAUGCUCGUCCAAGCAGAUGAACGCUGAUGGGGCUGUUCCUCAAUCACCCGACGACGAGGAACUGUAUUGCCAUCAAGUACUCAGGCACGAUCACCUGGUCAAUCUCCUGCACCACUUCGAGACUGGAGCACACACCUAUCUCGUCUUAGAGUAUUGCUCGCAAGGUGAUCUCUACGAAGCUAUCCGCUUAGGCCGUGGACCAUUGGAGACGGAGCACGUCCGUGAUUUCAUGCUACAACUUGUUAGCGCGGUUGAGUACAUGCAUUCCCAAGGACUCUAUCACCGUGACAUUAAACCGGAGAACAUUUUUCUGACCCAGGACGGUUGCAUGAAACUCGGCGAUUUUGGCUUAGCAACAAGAGCGACCUGGUCGUAUGAAUAUUGUGUCGGUAGCGAUCGAUAUAUGGCUCCUGAGCAAUAUGAUCCGGCCGGCACGGGGUACUCCCCUUGCAAAGCUGACAUCUGGUCAAUCGGGAUCUGCUUGCUGAAUAUCUUGUUCUCACGGAACCCUUUUAUCACCCCCACGGAGUCAGACCUCCUUUUCGCCGAUUUCCGACGUGAUCGCCAAUCUCUUUUCGACGUUUUCCCCAACAUGUCGCAAGAUACCUUUGAAAUUCUAACGCAUGCUCUGGCCAUUGAUCCGGAGAAACGAAGCCUAUCUGCCGUACGCGAUGCCAUUGUGAGAACCGUCUCCUUCACUACGGAUGACGAAAGCCUGGACGAUUUUUGUACCGAAGAACGAGACUUUGUCCGGGCAAGCGCGAAUCGCGAGCCUUUGCGCACCCCUUCUAUCCAAAGUCCUGUACUCAAUCAAGCCGACUCUUUCCCCUGGGCAAAGGUUCUGCGUUCCAGCCCGCCACCAAAGGCUCGCCAGCUCUCAGCCAUACCAGAUACGGAAAGCUAUGAAGAAGAUCUCUUUCCCGGUUCCGAAAAGGGUCUAACCUCGUCCUGGUUUACCGGUUACCACAACACGCCAUCCAUGGCUUCAGUUCUGGACUCUGGCCUUGGUGCGUCUGUCAAGUCUACGGCGAUUCGCAGACCAGAAAAACGCUACCCUCCCAAGUCUGAUCCUGUGCAGAUAACUGGUUCACUUCCUGCCCGUGCCCCAGCAAAGUUGAUUCCCUCAAUGUCAACGGUCUUUGGCAAAAAGGACGACGGCGUUUCAAAGAGCUGGAGUGACCUGUGGGAUGAAGAGGCUGAGGAGUCUGAACAGGAAGAUUUGGCAAUGAGACAACGUCGAGAACAGAACUCUCGUAGCUUUAGCCAUGACAGCGAGGAUGAUGAUGUGACUAUACGCCUUGGCGAGCAUCCCGCACGACCUGUCGUUCUCGGCGAGAAAAGCCAUUCUGCGAACAAUAUUCGGUUGUCCGACUUCAAAUCUGCUGUACCCAUUGGACACUCGAGCCAUACGGACGAGAAUGGAUCUUUUGUUGCUGCGGAUUCAAGACCUUUGAAGCAUGCACCUGGAAAGCAUACUUCAGCUGACAAAUGGGCCGUUUUAGGCAACAAGCGGCGUAAUUAUCAACCUGCGAAAGAUAGCUUGCCAGCAGCACCAAAGAAGCGGUCAAUGACCAUGAGCCGACGCAAGGAUUGGGGGUUGGGUUCUUCUGGUUACGAUUAUGGGGUUCCACACAAGCGUGGCAGUCGCGGUCCUCAGCACGCACGGCCUGUUUGGUUGGACCAGGACUGGCGUCGUGAUCAACAUCCUUUGUCUCAGCACAGACCCGUCUACGAUAGUGCUGAUGACGAUCUUGAGUGGGUUGGGGGGUGGCAUGCCUUCCACUUGUAG